GGUCUCCUGAGUACAGAGUUGGGUUGAUGACCGCACUCCUUGGACCACACGAUACGGAUCUAUAGCUGGCCUGGCAGAGCUGGGUCCUGAUGUAAUUAAAACUCUGAUUGUUCCUCGUCUACAAGUGGAGGGGGACAGACUCCGCAACAUUCUGGAGGGGCCGGUGCUCUCCAACAUUGAUAAGAUUGGAGCAGACCACGUGCAGAGCCUCCUGGUGAAACACUCCGCCCCGGUUCUGGUGAAACUUCGCUCUCCUCCUGACACUCCCGAUGCAUACCGGACAGAUUAUGGUUUUUUGGGCCCUACGCUCUGCUCUCACGUGAUGAAGGCCAGGGCACAGAGCACCUUACAAGGACCACAGGUCAACAGAACCACCCUGACAGUGACCCAGCCACGUCCUACUCUCACUCUCUCUCAGCCAUCCUCCGGCUCCAUCACGCCAUCCCCUCGUCCACCAGGAAUAAUUAAGGUGCCUGGGUCCUUGACUGGGUCCUUGACUUUGCCAGUACAGACCUUAGUGAGUGCCCGUUCUGCAACUCCCACCCAGCCGUCACCACCACCCACCAAGUACAUUGUGGUGUCUUCAGCCGGGAGCAGCGGGACCCAGGUUCUCACAUCCUCCUCCCCAUCCACACCCUGCCCCCCAGGGGUCCAGCCCAUUGUGAAGCUAGUGUCAGGAGGUCAGAACAGUGCUGUUACUGGUUCCGCCACCGGGGGCAGUAGUGGAAUGCAGAAAUACAUAGUUGUAUCUCUUCCACCUGCCGGAGAAAGCAAGACCCCUCAACCCUCCCCUCCCCCUUCUGCAGAGACCCCCGGCUUGUGACAAAGACUUACUAUGAUGUGUAUGUGGUGUGUGACUGCAGGUGCGAGAGUCAUAAUGUUGUUGUGUUCGUUCAUUACAAGUGUUUAUUUUGUGGAAAACUAUAGAUUGAAACAUCUUGUUAAUAAAACAUUUUUU